AUGUCCGAAGAGACUGAACCCUUUUCUAAACCAGUUUCCUCGCCCUCUCAGCACGCCGAUCGCCCUCGCAAGCGAAAUUCUACCGCCAGAAAAAACCCGAACGCUCAGCCUAAACCCGCCGACACCCUGGCUAGACGAAACCAAUCGCUAUCAGAGCUGGCAAGGAACUGCCUUGCCAUCAUUAUGACACAAAGCCAGAGAGCAAGAUACCUGAAAACAGGUGGUAUCAUUGCCCUCUUAAUAUUUUUCAUUUACGUUCUUUCCCCGCCGAGUGGCCCGUCCGCUGCCCUCGGUAACAAGCCCACGACAACAAAAUGCUCGAAACCACAUGACUCCUCUAAACCCCUUAUUCAGUAUGCCUUGAUGAUCGACGCUGGGAGCACCGGCUCCAGAAUCCACGUAUACCGUUUCAAUAACUGCGGCCCAACCCCCGAACUAGAACACGAAGAAUUCAAGAUGACGGAGAAGAGGAAGGGCGGAGCUGGGCUCAGUUCUUAUGGUGCCGAUGCAGAGGGAGCUGCGAAGAGUCUUGAUUCCUUGAUGCAAGUGGCCCUUGACACUGUGCCGGAACAGUAUAGGUCUUGCUCUCCCGUUGCUGUUAAAGCCACAGCAGGCCUGCGUAUGUUAGGCCCAGAGCUUAGCCAGAAAAUCUUGGAGGCGGUGCGGCAUCGGCUAGAGACGGUAUACCCUUUCCCCGUUGUAUCUAAAGAACGAGGUGGGGUCGAAAUUAUGGAUGGAAAAGAUGAAGGUGUCUAUGCCUGGAUCACAACGAACUAUCUUCUUGGGAAUAUCGGCGGACCUGGAAACAAUCCCACUGCGGCCAUAUUUGACCUUGGGGGAGGGUCUACUCAAAUUGUUUUUGAACCAAUGUUCAAGGUUCCCGACAAGAUGGCAGAUGGUGAUCAUAAAUACGAGCUGACUUUUGGUGGUAGAAAGUUUACCUUAUAUCAGCACUCGCAUCUUGGUUACGGCUUGAUGGCUGCCAGAAACGCAGUCCACAAGGCUAUUGUCGAGGCAAAGCACAGCUCUAAUGGUGGGAAUCGCGCAUGGCUCUCUAAACCUGUUACCAAUCCUUGCAUUGGCCCUGGUAUGGAAACACAUGUCAACGUUACCCUAGGUGAAGAGCACCCUCUUGGAGAAAAGGUCCAAGUCAAGAUGGUUGGACCAAAUGCCUCCCCCUCAGUGGCUCAGUGUCGAGGAAUUGCAAACAAAAUUUUACAGAAAGAUGCAACUUGUUCAUUAAAGCCGUGCUCAUUUAACGGUAUUCACCAGCCAUCACUCGCUAAGACCUUCGCACGAGAAGAUGUGUAUAUCUUUUCUUAUUUCUAUGACCGUACCGCCCCUCUUGGGAUGCCGGAAUCGUUCACUUUGCGCGAUCUCCAUCAUUUGACGGAUACUGUCUGUGCUGGUGAAGGUAGCUGGGGUGUCUUUGAAAGCGUUGCCGAUGCUCUUGAGGAAUUAAAGGGCCGCCCAGAGUAUUGCUUGGAUUUGAACUUUAUGCUUUCUCUUCUUCAUCAUGGGUAUGAGAUGCCACUUGAUCGUGAGGUCAAGACUGCGAAAAAAAUCGAUGGUAAUGAAUUGGGUUGGUGCUUAGGUGCCAGUCUCCCACUUCUCAGCCAGGACUCAGGCUGGCAGUGCCGCGUCAAACAAAUCAUUUAA